ACCGUUACAAUAUAUCUUCCCAGCUUCAUUUUCGGAUCCUCACUCAAUUUCCCUUCCUUCUUCCCUCUCACUUUCUAUUUCGUUGCUUACUCCAUUUCCAUAUCUGUGGCGAGAGAGAGAGUCUUUUUGCUUUGGUCAGUGUUUGGUACAAAUACAUCCGUUUCUUCUUUUCCGUGUCGCACUUGACUUUCAAAUUCAUGGAAGUGUCGGGGAAAGUUCUCUUGCAGACUGGGAAGGCUCUGUUUUUUACUGAACAUUUUAUCUAUAUAUAGAUUAUAUGUGGUUGGAAGGUUUCGCUCAUUGAUUUGGAAAUUGGAAACGAAAACAAACUGCAAUGGAGACCUAUUUGAAAGAGAAUUUUGGGGAUGUGAAGGCGAAACACUCGUCGGAGGAGGCGUUGCAGAGAUGGAGAAGCAUUUGUGGGUUGGUGAAGAAUCCAAAGCGAAGGUUUCGUUUCACCGCCAAUCUCUCCAAGCGUUACGAAGCGGCAGCCAUGCGCCGUACUAAUCAGGAGAAGCUGAGAGUUGCAGUUAUUGUGUCCCAAGCCGCAUUUCACUUCAUCCAGGGUGUGCAAGCUAGAGACUACACUGUACCUGAGGAAGUUCAACAUGCUGGUUUUCAGAUUUGUGCUGAGGAAUUGGGAUCCGUCGUUGAAGGUCAUGAUCUUAAAAAGCUGAAAGUUCAUGGCGGUGUAGCUGGUAUUGCAGAUAAGCUUGCUACAUCAACCAUCAGUGGCCUUCCUACCAAAAGAAGCAGGCUGAGGCGCAGAGAACGUAUAUAUGGAAUCAAUAAAUUCACAGAGCGUGAAGCUCGGGGUUUUCUUGUUUUCGUUUGGGAAGCACUUCAAGACAUGACCCUCAUGAUCCUUGGUGUUUGUGCAUUUGCGUCUUUGAUAGUUGGCUUGGCAACGGAAGGAUGGCCAAAGGGAGCUCACGAUGGCCUUGGAAUCUUUGCAAGCAUCUUGUUAGUGGUGUUUGUCACAGCAACAAGUGAUUAUCGGCAGUCUUUACAGCUCAGGGAUUUGGACAAAGAGAAGAAGAAAAUCUCUAUUCAAGUUACGAGGAAUGGAUAUAGGCAAAAAAUGUCAAUAUAUGAUUUGCUUCCUGGUGAUAUUGUACAUCUUUCUAUUGGAGACCAAGUCCCAGCAGAUGGACUCUUUGUUUCAGGAUUUUCUGUGUUAAUUGAUGAAUCAAGUCUGACAGGAGAAAGUGAGCCAGUAAUGGUCAAUGCUGAAAAUCCCUUUAUGCUGUCUGGAACUAAGGUCCAAGAUGGAUCAUGCAAGAUGAUGGUUACCACUGUUGGGAUGAAAACCCAAUGGGGUAAAUUGAUGGCAACUCUUAGUGAAGGGGGAGAUGACGAGACGCCUCUGCAGGUAAAAUUGAAUGGAGUGGCAACAAUUAUUGGAAAAAUAGGCCUUCUGUUUGCUGUAGUGACUUUUGCAGUUUUAUUGCAAAAGAUGUUUGCUCGUAAACUGGAAUUGGGAACCUUCUGGAGCUUGUCUGGAGAUGAUGCUUUAGAAAUGUUGCAAUAUUUUGCAAUUGCAGUUACAAUUGUUGUUGUUGCAGUUCCUGAGGGACUGCCUCUAGCUGUGACAUUGAGCCUCGCAUUUGCCAUGAAGAAGAUGAUGAACGAUAAGGCUCUUGUCCGCCAUCUGGCAGCUUGUGAGACGAUGGGAUCUGCAACUACAAUUUGUAGUGACAAAACAGGGACACUGACUACCAAUCACAUGACCGUCGUGAAAUCCUGCAUUUGUAUGAAUGCCAAGGAAGUGAGCAAAUCAGGCAAUGGUUCUACUCUGAGCUCUGAAAUCCCAGAAUCAGUAGUCAAAAUUCUGCUACAGUCUAUAUUUAAUAACACGGGGGGAGAGGUGGUGGUCAACAAGGAAGGAAAACAUGAGAUACUGGGAACACCAACGGAGACUGCUUUAUUGGAGUUUGGCUUGUCUCUGGGUGGAGAUUUUCAGGCAGAGCGACAGUUAUCCAAACUUGUCAAAGUUGAACCAUUCAACUCAACAAAGAAGCGAAUGGGGGUGGUCUUGGAGCUUCCUGAAGGAGGUCUUAGAGCUCACUGUAAAGGUGCUUCGGAAAUAAUUUUGGCUGCCUGUGACAAGGUGAUCAAUUCAAAUGGUGAGGUUGUUCCUCUCGACGAAGCAUCCAUGACCCAUCUCAAGGUUACAAUUGAUCAAUUUGCUAGCGAAGCUCUUCGGACUCUAUGUCUUGCCUUUAUGGAACUGGGAAAUGGAUUUUCUGCUGAUGAUCCUAUUCCAGUUUCAGGGUAUACCUGCAUAGGAAUAGUGGGUAUCAAGGACCCUGUUCGCCCUGGUGUAAAGGACUCUGUUGCACUUUGUCGUUCAGCUGGUGUAACUGUUCGAAUGGUUACCGGAGACAAUAUUAAUACUGCAAAAGCUAUAGCCAGGGAAUGUGGGAUACUUACUGAUGACGGCAUUGCUAUAGAGGGUCCAGUUUUUCGAGAGAAGAGUCUGGAGGAACUGCACGAACUAAUCCCUAAAAUUCAGGUGAUGGCUCGAUCUUCACCUCUAGACAAGCAUAUGCUAGUAAAGCACUUGCGAACAACGUUUGAUGAAGUUGUUGCUGUGACUGGUGAUGGAACGAAUGAUGCCCCAGCACUCCAUGAAGCAGAUAUUGGACUUGCAAUGGGCAUUGCUGGAACUGAGGUGGCUAAAGAGAGCGCUGAUGUCAUAAUUCUAGAUGACAAUUUCUCUACAAUUGUGACUGUGACCAAAUGGGGACGGUCAGUCUACAUAAACAUCCAAAAAUUUGUGCAGUUUCAGCUGACUGUCAAUAUGGUUGCUUUGAUUGUCAACUUCUCUUCAGCUUGCUUGACAGGGAAGGGUCCCCUAACAGCGGUUCAGCUUUUGUGGGUCAACAUGAUUAUGGAUACAUUAGGAGCACUUGCACUAGCAACUGAGCCUCCAAAUGAAGAGUUAAUGAAGAGAUCACCAGUUGGAAGGAAGGGAAAUUUCAUCAGUAAUGUUAUGUGGAGAAAUAUAUUGGGGCAAUCUUUAUACCAGUUCUUGGUGCUAUCUCUUCUUCAGUCAAAAGGAAAGGCACUAUUUGGCCUUAAUGGCACUGAUUCCGACCUGAUCCUUAACACACUCAUUUUCAACACGUUUGUUUUCUGUCAGGUUUUUAAUGAGAUAAGCUCCCGGGAGAUGGAAAAAAUAGAUGUCUUUGAAGGCAUACUGGACAACCAUGUUUUUGUGUCUGUUCUCAGUUGCACCGUCAUCUUCCAGUUCAUAAUUGUGGAGUACCUGGGUGAUUUUGCAAACACAUCACCCCUCACAUUCGUACAGUGGUUCGUUAGCUUGUUUAUUGGAUUUUUAGGCAUGCCAAUUGCAGCAGGGUUAAAGAAGAUCCCUGUGGGAAGUACAUGAAACAGAGAUGCUACUACAUUUCAAACUAAAUGCAGAAGAAACCUUGUUAAAAGAGCUUUAAGGUUCAUAUUCUUAGCAUUGUAGCUUUCUGAAGUAAUAGACAUUGUUGCAUAGGAUGUAAUUACACUUGUUUGGUUGUCUAGAAAACCGAAAGCAUGAGAUGGAAAUUUGGUAUCUGACUACCAGUAUCUACAGCAUGUUGUAAGAUUCCAAAUUUCCUUCUCAUUUUGGUUGGUAUUUUGGGGAUCCUCCAUGUAAAUUGCACCAGCAUUGAGCUUCUCAAGCAUCUUUUAGAUAGAAUUUCCAGUCAGUCAGCAAGUAGAAAACUGCUUCCUCCAGCAAGAGAUUUUGUAGGUGGACUUGGCCUCAAAUUUCUUGCUUUGUCACAUGUAAACAUUCUGUUAUUCAGAGGAAAAUAAAAGUGUGUAAAGUUUCAUAU